AUGAAUUUCAGCGUCGGUGGUGGCGAUCUUAUCAAGGGCAUCGAUCUCUGUCGAAAGUUGCGACGCCGCUUCGCAACCGCCCCGCGCCAGUGUCAACAGAUUGCGGAUCAGGUGAGGAGUCUCUCCAUUGUCUUGCAAGACAUUGAGGUUUCCGGCUCCGACUGCGGUCUCACAGAAGCCGACUUGCAAGAUUUACGACAAAUAGCAGGCGGCUGUCACGAUGUCUUGGACGAGCUGUCCGAGCUUGUUGAGAAGAACUUGGCGCUUGAAGAAAAGCCAACAGGGUCCAAGGAUAUAGCCAAGCGGGCGUGGGCGCGAGUCAACUGGUCUCCCGAGCUCGCCCAUUCUAUGCAGGGGCGAAUCGGUGCAAGCUUGGCUCUUCUCAACGCCUUCCAGGCUCGCAUAACGCGCACAGCCACGGCCAGACUCCUACGUCACGUCGAAGACCAGGAAUGCCAAAAGAUACUAGACUGGCUCUCGCCAGCACAGUACAGCCGUGAGCAAAGCGACUUGAUCGCCAGGCGGCACCCCAACACAGGACGAUGGCUGCUGGAGUCUGCAGAGUUUCAGCGUUGGCUGGAGACACCAGGCGCAGCCAUGUUCUGCCCUGGGAUUCCCGGCGCGGGCAAAACAAUCCUGGCGGCAUCUGUGGUUGACCACCUCUUGUCCGACGUCCAGGCGGGAGAUGGGAUUGGCGCCGCCUACAUAUACCUCAACUUCCGCCGCCAUGAUGACCAGAAGCUCGCGCAUCUCCUCGCAAGCUUGGUGAAGCAACUCGCGCAGCAGGAUGCGCUCGCGAUAGAGGCGCUUAAAUCAAUGCACAGUACACAUGAGAAGAAUGACACACAUCCAUCAGUAAAUGAGCUUGAGAGGCUUCUCGGUGUCAUUGUUUACUCGCCAUCGUUUCAAAGGGUAUUCGUUGUUGUGGACGCUCUGGAUGAGUGUCAAACAGUCGAGAGCUGUAGGGCCAAGUUCAUCUCCAUGCUCUCUAAACUUGGACAGGCCGGCAAGGUAAAUGUGUUCGCAACUUCUCGUCCCAGCCCCGAGAUACAAAAUGCAUUCCCUCAGAGCUCUACCAUCGUGCUCGAUAUCCGGGCCGCUGACGAAGAUGUCCACGCUUACUUGGACGGUAACCUUGAAGAACUACCUAACUGCAUAAAGAACAAUACAAGCCUGCAGGAUCAAAUAAAAAGCACGAUCUCAAAGGCCGCAGAUGGCAUGUUUCUCCUGGCCCGGGUCUACUUAUCGCAGCUGGAUGAUAAGCUGACCGUCAAGGCCGUCAGGACUGCGCUGGGCUACUUUGAGGAGCAGGGCAAAAAGAGCGGAGUCAGUGAAGCCGCGAAACUGGAAAUAUUGUCACAGGCAUAUGAUCAAACAAUGGAGAGGAUUCAACUGCAAAGGCCCGGAUUUCGGGUCCUUGCUGAAAAGGCGCUCUUGUGGAUCGUGUCUGCUCGACGGCCGCUCAAGGUCAUGGAGUUUCUACAUGCUCUUGGCAUUGAAGAGAACGAGCCGGAUUAUGACGAAGACAAUAUUCCGCAGCUCGAAGACGUGAUAUCGGUUUGCGCGGGUCUGGUCAUCGUGGACGAGAAGAGCAACGUCGUCCGCCUGGUCCACUACACAACACAGGAAUAUUUUGAACGGCGCCAGGACAAGUGGCUUCCUGAAGCUGAGUGGCGCAUUGCGAGAGCCUGCAUCAGAUAUUUAUUUACAUGGAGGAGUUGGAAGCCGCCAGCCUCCCGGCCAUACCUGUUCCUCUCGUCCGACGUGCCCGCCGAUAGGCUGCAUUCCUGGGGGGGCAGGCAUGCUCUGCACUUCGCGGCGCAUUUCGGUCUUGCGGAGACGGCCAAGGCGCUUCUCAAUCAGGAGAAGCGGCCGGACGCAGCAAACAUCGGGGACCGAGUGGACAGAACGCCGAUAUUCUACGCAGUCAGGUCAGGGAAGGAGGACAUCGUACAUGAGCUUGUUCGCCGCGGAGCUACAGUGCUGCGCAAUGCAUCGUCGGGGGAGUACGCAACGCCGCUGGCGGUGGCCGCCUAUUACGGGCACCACGGGCUCAUCGAGUUUCUGGUCAGUCAUGGCGCCAGAGUCAAUGAACCGUAUCCUGCGUGGCUCUUCCAGUACAGAUGCCAACAGACCACCGCCCUUUUAGCAGCGGCAGUGAAAGGGCACACCGCGACGGUCAAGGUGCUGCUGACGUGCGGCGCAGAUGUCGAGUUUGAGAACAAGGCCGGCCAGUCGGCGCUCUUCUGCGCCGCCGAAAGCGGCCACGCGGACGUUGUGCAGUGCUUAAUAGACGGCGGCGCGGACAUCGAGGCAAGAAAUAGGGAGCUGACGACGCCGCUCAUCACAGCCUGCGAGGGCGGCCACGUCGAGGUCGUCAGGCUGCUGCUCGCCCACGGGGCGGACGUCGAAGCCGCAGACAUGCGCGGGAAGACGGCCAUGCGCGUCGCCGCCGAAGUCGGCGUCGAGGCCGUCGUGCUCGCGCUCCUCGAAGCCGGCGCCGCCGCGGACGCCCGCGAGAUGUGGUUCGACACGCCGCUGCCGACGCCGCUCCUGCUCGCCUGCCAGGCCGGCCACGCGCACCUCGCGGGCCUUCUCCUGUCCCGCGGCGCGCACGUCGAGGCGCACCGCAAGUUCAUCCACCGCUACGCGCGCUAUCGCGACUCGCAUCACUCGGACCUCACGCCGCUGCUGACCGCCGCCACCAAGGGCCACGUGGCCGUCGCGGCCGUCCUCCUCCAGCACGGCGCGGACAGGGAGGCGACGGACGCGGAGUGGCACACGCCGCUGAUGCUGGCGGCGGCCGGGGGGCACCUCGACGUGGCGAAGCUACUGGUGGAGGCAGGCGCGGAGCUGCACGGCGUGGACCGGCACGGGGAAAACGCGGCCACGGCGAUCUGGAACGCAUACAGUGUCAACAAGGCGGGGCCGGGCUGGGGGAGGCGGGAGAGGGACCCGGCGGGCAGGGCGGAGGUGCUGGCGAAGCAGCGCGAGUUGCUGCGCGUCUUCAUGGCGGCAGGCGCCACGCUGGUGACGUAUGACUGGGAAGACGUGGGCAGCGAGGAUUGGGAGGAGUGGGAGGAGUGGAAUGAGUGGGGGGAGCCUGUUGAUCCGACCGGGGACAACAUAGGCCGGGUCAAGGAGAUCCUGGCGGAGCAGGGCCUCCCGGUGGACGAGUUCCACGUGUGGGAGUCCCUCCUCCAGUGCCACAAGAGCGCCAACGGCACCCUCCGGCUCGAGUACGUGAUGACCUGCAAGGAAUGGGGCGCUUGCAGUCGUAAUAAAAAGAUGGGUGCCUACUGCCCGCUCCCCCUCGGCGUGCCUAUCCCAACAUCACGUCCAAGAAUACCUCCGAAGUGA